AUGACCAUCCCGUGCUCUACAGGUCCCGAUGGAGUCGCCCCUCCCAAUUCAUCCGGGAUCAAAGUGAUUGUCGUUGGUCUGGGAAUCGGUGGGCUGGCAGCUGCCAUCGAAUGCCACCGUAAAGGUCAUGCGGUGAUGGCCUUUGAUAAAAUACCUGUGCACACAGAUACGCACGGAGAUCUACUAGGAAUUUCGACCAAUUCCGCCCGCGUAAUUGCCAAGUGGGGUGAGGGUGCAAUUCACGAAAUCCUGUCCAGCGUGAAGAACGCAUCUCCUGCGACUGAGAUAUGCGACACAGCAGGCCGAACCAUCAUGCCGGCCGAUAUGACGGGCUACAAGAAAGAAGACGGUUACUGGGUGCUACGAUCGAUGCUCGCGGCUACCCUCUAUGAGCAUGCGCUGAGUUUGGGCAUCGACCUGCAUGUCGGCAUGGAUGCAGCUGUGACGGAUUACUGGGAGACCGAUGAGGAAGCAGGAGUUAUUAUUAACGGAGAGCGAUUUGCUGCUGACUGUGUGAUUUGCUGCGAUGGGAUCAACAGCAAUGGUAGACAGAUCAUUCUCCAUGAAGAUCCCCCUUUGAAAUCUACUAAGGAAUAUGUUUUUCGAACAUCUUUCACUACAGUGGAGUUGAAGGACGAUCCAGCUGCAAGAUGGAUUCUGAAUGGUAUGGAUGAAUGUGAUCGAGGAAAGGUGUUCAAAGGCCGCGGCCUUGAGGUUGGCUUCUCCUCUUUCGAGAAUGGGCAGACCAUCGUUCUGUCAGACCUUGCAAUGGAGAAGCUGGGAAGACCACCUGGCAGUCUCGAUGAUGUGAUGCAAAUUAUCGCCGACUGGCCAAUCCAAAGGGACUUUGCUGGUUUGUUGAAGCAUAUUCCUCCACUAGGCGUGAUCCAUCAUCCAAUCGCCCUUCGUGACUGUUUGAAGACCUGGAUCUCCGCUGGUGGGAGAACAAUUGUGAUUGGAGACGCUGCACACUCGUACCUGCCCAUCUUUGGUCAGGGUGGUAGUCAGGCAAUUGAGGAUGCUGCAGUGUUGGCGAUCGCACUUGAGCUGAGUGGAAAGGGUAAUGUCCGUCAGGCUCUACAGUUUUCUUGUCGUAGAAAACCUCGCGCUACAAGAAUCUCUGAAGCGAGCUGGGCCAUGCACAAUGACUGGUACAACCAGGAUUGGGAUGCCGUAGCCAAGGAUCCAAAACUGCUAAAGAGCUCGCGCCCAGGAUGGGUUCUUAGCCACGACUGUCAAGCAUAUGCGUACGAGGAGUACCAAAAGGUGGUUCACGCGAUGGAAACCAACCAGGAAUAUAUCCCAACUAACGUCCCAGCUGAUGGCGGUCUGGGUUUGAACGAGAAAAUGACUCUUACAGGAGAGAUGACACAGGCUAGUGAUGUAGACAGAUAG